AGAGUAGAUACUAUUGAUAUUUCUGAUCUUCUCUUUCUUCAAAUAUUAUAAUUAUAAUCAUAAUUGAAUUUUUUUCUCUCUUCCUAUAGAAAUAUCAGUCUCCCUCUCUCUCUCUCUCUCUUCAAGUAUGAUUUACUUCUUCUAUGUCUUCAAGUAUAUACAUAUACUGAUUUCUAGCAUUUAGUGUCACCGACGAGCAGGUUGUUUAUUAGGGCAUGAACAUCUUCAAGGGGCUGUAUUUGGAAUUCCCCAUCAGAGCUCCAUCAUUUCUGAUCGAAAUUGUGACUUAACUGUGUGCAGGAGAGCAGAAAGAUGGACAGGAGCAGACUGGAUUUAAGAUUGCAUCACUCGGGAUCAAUGCAAUCUGAUGAAUCAGCUUUAGAUUUGGAAAGAAACUGUUGCAAUCAUCCUCAUCUGCCCUGGUCAAGUCCAUCUUCACUUCAGCCCUUUGCAUCAGCUGGACAGCACUCUGAAAAUAAUGCUGCCUACUUCUCUUGGCCUACUUUGAGUCGAUUAAAUGAUACCGCUGAAGAUAGAGCAAACUAUUUUGGUAACCUUCAAAAGGGGGUGCUUCCAGAAACCCUUGGACGGUUGCCAUCAGGGCAGCAAGCAGCCACCUUGCUUGAGUUGAUGACUAUUAGGGCAUUUCAUAGUAAAAUCUUGCGUCGGUUUAGUCUUGGCACAGCUAUUGGGUUUAGGAUUCGGCGGGGUGUCUUGACCGAUAUUCCAGCCAUUCUUGUUUUUGUUGCCCGGAAGGUUCAUAGGCAGUGGCUCAACCCUGUUCACCGCCUACCUGCUGCACUUGAGAUGUUUAAAUCGCCUUUUCACUGUAUGAGGCAGGGUCCAGGAGGUGUAUGGUGCGAUGUGGAUGUUGUUGAAUUUUCAUAUGAUGGAGCACCUGCACCAACUCCGAAGGAACAACUAUACACAGAGCUUGUAGAUGGGUUAAGGGGAAGCGAUCCAUGCAUUGGUUCUGGUUCCCAGGUAGCAAACCAAGAGACAUAUGGAACCCUUGGUGCCAUUGUGAAAAGCCGAACAGGAAACCGACAGGUUGGUUUCCUUACAAAUCGGCAUGUUGCAGUGGAUUUGGAUUACCCAAACCAGAAAAUGUUUCAUCCCUUGCCACCCAGCCUUGGACCUGGAGUGUAUUUGGGUGCUGUGGAGAGAGCAACCUCAUUUAUUACAGAUGAGCUUUGGUAUGGCAUCUUUGCUGGAACAAAUCCAGAAACAUUUGUGCGAGCAGAUGGUGCUUUCAUUCCUUUUGCAGAAGACUUUAACAUGAACAAUGUGACCACAACUGUGAAAGGCGUAGGUGAGAUUGGUGAUGUCCAUAAUAUUGACUUGCAAUCUCCAAUUAACAGUCUCAUUGGAAGGCAGGUAGUCAAAGUUGGAAGAAGCUCUGGCUUGACUACUGGAACGAUAAUGGCCUAUGCUCUAGAAUAUAAUGAUGAGAAAGGAAUUUGUUUCUUUACUGAUUUUCUUGUUGUUGGAGAAAACCAGCAGCCAUUUGAUCUUGAGGGUGAUAGUGGAAGCCUCAUUAUGUUGACGGGUCAGAAUGGUGAUAAGCCGCAGCCAGUUGGGAUCAUUUGGGGUGGGACAGCUAAUCGAGGUAGGUUGAAGCUAAAAAUUGGACAACCCCCGGAAAACUGGACUAGUGGAGUCGACCUUGGGCGCCUACUUGACCUCCUUGAACUUGAUCUCAUCACAACCAACGAAGGGCUUCAAGCUGCAGUGCAAGAUCAAAGAAAUGCCUCUGCAGCAGGAUUAGAUUCGACAGUUGGGGAGUCAUCUCCUCCUGACCGCAUUCUAUCAAAAGAUCGAGUUGAAGAAAAUUUUGUGCCUAUAAAUUUGAAUAUUUGUCAAGAUUUAGUUGAAGGAGAGGCUCAGCAAGGACUGACUAGACCUUUCAUUGACAGUGAGUUUCAUAUAGAAGAUGGGUUGGAGGCAGUUCCCAACAUGGAGCACCAGUUCAUUCCAAGUUUCAUUGGGAUGUCUCCUGUCAGUGACAGAAACCAACAGGAACAUGUCGAAUUGAAAAAUCUAUCAGCAUUAAAGAAUGGUUCUGAUGAGGAGAUAUAUGUAUCGUUACGUUUGGGUGAGCCUGAACCUAAAAGAAGACGAAAGUCAGAUUAGUCUUUUAGCAUUGAAGAAUCCAAGUUAAAGAACAAGGGAUUUCCAAUGUGGCUCGGAGAAAUUCUUUUCAAAGAUGAGCAUGCAAGGUUGUCUCCUUCUUCUGGCAUGGACUUCAAAUUCUAAGUUGUAAGUAUAGUAUUAAAUUGCAAACAAGAAAUUUAAGGUUCACACCUUAAAGGCUUAAACUAGGUCAAGUAUCAUUCUUUUUUCAUGUUUUUUUUUCUUUUUUUUUGGGUCAAGGUUACAACUUUAGGUUACAUAUGGGGGUCAUACAACAAUCUAGUAUAAAAAAUGAACAUGUUUAGAGGAGUACCUUAAUUUAAAUGUUUUCCAUUUACAUUGUUGUACCAUAACGCACUCCUAAAGUGGGAGUAUAAACAGCUAGUGGUUAUAAAUGUUAUUUAUGAAAGGAGCCUUUGGUUUAUUUA